UUGGAAACUAAAGACGUCCUUCAGGUCACAUGGCAGAAAAGUUCAAAUGAUGUGGAGACAAAUGUUGCCACCUACAACAAGUACUUUGGCCAGAGAGUGAAUGACGGCUUUACAGAUAAAGUUAAGUUUAAACAUGCUGGUCUAUGGAACUGUUCCAUAGUCAUCAGGAAUGUGACAGAGCAGGAUGAAGGAUGCUAUCGCUGUCUGUUUAACACUUAUCCUGAAGGAGCCUUUAUUGGUAGACCCUGCCUCCAAGUCUAUGAGCUACACGAACCUGUUGUUGAUGUCAGAGAGUCAAACUCUACUGAAGAGUGGGUUGUAUCUUGUUCAGCCACUGGUCGACCUGCUCCCACUAUAACACUCAGUGUCUCACAACAAGACCUCAACUUCUCACAGUACAACACUGUCAAUGUUUCCAACACCAACGCUACAUUCACUGUCACCACUACAGCUGUGCUCUCAGGUUCACUUAAACAGAGCACACAGGUGGGAUGUGCAGCACGAGUGCUCUCUGCUCCUCACAGAGAGGUGAUGGUGACAGUUCCUGAGGUCCAGCAGGUGUAUGCUGCUGCUACUGCUGAUUAUAAUGUUUCCUUCUGGAUCAUUGCAUCAGGUGUAGCAGUGGGGCAGAUAGUCUUUGCUUGUGUAGCCACUUUCAUAGCUGUCCUGCUUAAAAAAAAGACAAGAAGAGGGACCCUGAGAACAACAAAUAAAAUACCACAAAAAUCAGCCAAUGACAUUAUUGACUGAUGACCCCUCCACAUCUUUACUUCUCUAAAACUCAGCUUCCAUCUAAGGCUCUUUACAUACGUUUUAUACAGCUCACUGUAAAAUGUUUAUCUUGUUUUAAGCACUUCAAAAAAAAUACCAAUCUUUUGUUGCUGCUGUCUAAAAUGUUCUGCAUUAUGUUGCUAAAAUGAAAUAAAUUUUUUAUAGCAAUAAAAUAUCUAAAAUAUAAUAUUUUAUACCUUGCCGUUAUACCAUGUGAGUUACAUGCACACUUUAAAUGCGUGGCAUUUUUUUUUACUGUUAAACUGAAUACAGUCUAACAGCAGUUAAAUACAGUGCAACAAGGAUCACCUAAAACCAUCAGCUGUAACUCAGACGUAGACAUAAAUACAUGCCUCAGAGUAACACAGAGUUGGAAUGUGAACAUGUGUAACUUCUGGUAAAAUUAUUUUUAAAGAUGUACCUGACAUAUAUCCUAUAUCCCAUCCUCUGCUCUGUCUAAAGCUGUAGAAAGAUUAAAAUAAUUUGGCAGAGGACUGAUGAUGGUGAAAAUGAUGGUAAAAUGAUUUCCACUUCACUAAUAUUCUACUUUGUAUUCAUGGUGCUAAAAUAAUUCAGUAUACAAAGGAGUUUGUGGUUGACUCAGUGACUAUGAGCUGCCAAGGGCCCUGUACUGUGAAGCUAGUUUAACAUACCCAGGAUAUCUUUCAGUAACACAAAGCUGGUCAUGAACUUGCUUAGCUAAUCAAGGGUUUCCCCUACACGUUCACAUGAAAGGGAUGGUGUUGGAAACAGUUUAAAUCCACCUCAAAAAUAUGAAGAGGCUACACACAUACCACAGACUGAAAGAAACAAAAGAGCUGCAGAAAAAGCGGCGGUGUGAGGUUACGGUCACAGGUACAUUUUGGUGAACGUAGCUUUGGCCUUUAGUCUGAACGUAAAUAGUGUUUUGGUAUCAGUAAAAUAGGAGCUUUUCAGAAACUCCUGCCAGCCCAUUUAUCGCGUAAACAUGCAAACAAAAUUCCUAAAAAACAUCAGUGUGUGUGGACAUAGUUUGAGUUUAAGUAAGAGUAAAAGCAUAGCAGAGUAAUAUUUUAAAAGUGAGUUCUUUAAGUGCUUUUGUCAGUAUGCCUGGAACAGAGUUACAGUACUACAUUAAUAAAGUUGAGACUACUUGAAGAUAAGAUAAAAAAAAAAAUAAAAAAAAGUGACAGAGAGAGAUUGAGCUGGAAAGGAUGUGCAGCUGGUUAGCGUGGUUAACUAUAGGUUCAAGGUUCUUUAUUUGUCACAUGCAUAGUUAUACAAGUAUAACACACAGUGAAAUGUAG